AUGGACGCUGAUGAUGACUUGGAUCUGUUGGCCUCCCUCCUGGAGGAAAGCGAGGCAACUGAGGAGGGGAAUUGUCCUGAGGAGGAAGAUGCCCCAGAGGAUGAGGGGGGAGAACCAGAUGAAUAUGAUGAGCUCUUUGAUGCAGAAGAUGAUACAUCCUACACUGAGGAGGUCGAUGCUGAGGACAGCAUGAUUGAUGAACAGAAGGAGAACCUGGCUGCGCUGUUUGGAGAUGUGGAUGACCUGCUGGAAGAAGAGGAGGCAGAAGAACCUGUCCCCACUUCAGCUCCCAGUCAGGCAAAAGAGAAGACCAACCAAGAACUGCAAGCUGAGCUGAGAAAAUUGCAAGAACAGAUGAAGACGUUACAGGAGCAGUUGCAGAAGACUGCUAUUGGGCAGCAAUCCAGUUCAGGCCCUGAGAAGAAAACCCCUGGUAAAUCUCCCUGUCCACCCUUAAAGGAAAGGAAUGUUCAGAAGCUGCAAGAGUCACCAUGUUUCUCAGCCCAGCUGGGCAAUCCUUUACCCCCAGCCAAAAGAGGAAUCCAGAAAUCAAAAGCAUCCUCAGCAGAGAACAAGACUCCUCCUCCACGGCAAGUCCUUAGUUUGGCGUUCCAGCCUCUGAAGUCUGCUGUAGGGAACACACCCAGUAAGGUGACCAGAGAGAAGACUCCUCAUGUGCCUCCAUGCUCCAGUGCCACAACUCAGCCGGUGUCAGUGGAAACCUUCUCAGGACUGAGAUUAAGAAAACCCCGGGUGUCUUCAGCUGAAAUGAACAGGAAGAUGGCUAACCGGAAGCUCAUCCGACUGUCCCAGCUGAAGAGCAAACUUGCUGCAGAAAAUCUGGAGGAAAUAGACUGGGUAACAUUUGGGGUCAUAGUGAAGAAGGUCACUCCUCAGAGCACAAAUAAUGGCAGAACCUUCAGUAUCUGGCGGCUGAACGACCUACGGGAUCUCAAUCAGUGUGUCUCGCUCUUCUUGUUCGGUGAAGUCCACAAAGAGCACUGGAAGACAGACCAAGGCACAGUCAUCGGGCUGCUCAAUGCUAAUCCUAUGAAACCUAAAGAAGGCUCAGAUGAGGUGUGUUUGUCUGUUGACCAUCCCCAGAAGAUCCUCCUCAUGGGUGAAGCGCUGGACAUGGGCACCUGCAAAGCCAGGAAGAAGAACGGCGAUCCUUGUGCACAGAUUGUGAACCUGAACGACUGUGAAUAUUGCCAGUAUCACGUACAAUCCCAGUACAAGAAGCUCAGCUCGAAGCGGGCGGAUCUGCAGUCCACCUUCUCUGGCGGCCGCAUUCCCAAAAAAGUUGGUCGGAAAAAUCCCAGUUUGAAGGAGCGGCUGUGUCAGGAUGGGUUUUACUAUGGAGGUGUCUCUUCAGCAGCAUAUGCAGCCUCAGUUGCAGCAGCUGCGGUGCCAAAAAGGAAGAUUCAAACCACUCUCUCCAAUCUGGUUGUGAGAGGAGUUGAUGCAAUUGUCCAGGAAACCAGGCAGAAAAUUGCAAAGAGACCGAUGCAAUGUUCUGAGGAAUUCAGGGAACUGCUGGCACAGCCAACUUUUGGAGCACGAAACCUCUGCAAACACUGGACCAGAGCAGAUGCUGAAAAGAAGCAAGGGGCCAGUUUCCAGUCUGUCUCUGCUUCAGCACUGCUCAAGCAACAGAAACAGAAAUUGCUGGAGGCCAGAAAAAAACGAUCUGAAGAGAUUCAGAGGAGGUUUCUCCAGAACACAAGUAAAGCUGGCAGCCCUGCUUUGCUGUCCUCCUCCAGACAGUCCUCGCUCCCUUCCCCGAUACCUGGGGCAGAGUUCCCCAAAGCUGCAAAAAUGUCAACUCCUCAAAGGCCCAGGCUAGGCACAGGCUUCUCGGAAGGAGAAGAUAUCCUCUUCUUUGAUGGGUCUCCACCUCCAACACCAAAGCUAGACAGCUUGGCAGAAGCCAAAAAGCUGGCUGCGGUACACCGACUACGAGCAAAAGGCCAGAUUCUUGCUAAAACUGACCCAAACAGCGUCAAGAGGAAAAGAGCUGAUGUUGAUGAUGUCCUGGAAAUCGUUGAGAGAGUUGAGAAAAAUAUUGCUCAGCCACAAGGUACAGAAGCAGAGAAUGAUAUGGAUGAACUGCAGCCUGCCCAAAAGAAACAGCGUGAGCAGCUGGCCUAUCUGGAGUCAGAAGAGUUCCAGGAAAUCCUGAAUGCCAAGUCCAAGCACACAGAUAUCCUGAAAGAGGCUGAGGCUGAACUGCAGGAGCAAUACUUUCAGCCGCUGGUGAAAAAGGAAGAAAUGGAAGAGAAGAUGAAGAGCAUUAAAGAAGUGAAAUGUCGAGUUGUGACAUGUAAAACGUGCAAUUACACCUAUUUCAAGCCUCUGGACACCUGCGUGCAGGACAACCAUGACUACCGCUGGCAUGAUGCCAUCAAGAGAUUUUUCAAAUGUCCAUGUGGCAACCGAGCUAUUUCCCUUGACAGGCUCCCCAAAAAGCCCUGCAGUACCUGUGGCCUCUUCAAGUGGGAGCGAGAUGGGAUGCUAAAGGAGAAAAAAGGUCCAAAGAUUGGUGGAGAAACACUUUUACCAAGAGGAGAGGAACAACCAAAAUUUCUCAAUAGUCUUAAGUGA